UUUAGAGGUUCCAUAGAGCAUCUACACUCGUACUUUCCAUCUCUGUCCUUCUUCAGCAGGCCAACAUAUCGGCUAUUGACUAUCAAUCUUCACAAUGCAUUUCACUCAACUCCUUACCCUCGCAGCCGGCGCCACACUGGCAGCCGCUGCUCCUGCUGCAGCUCCUGAUGCUCAGCCUGCCCCCCUUGCUGUUGCAGCGGACGACAUUAUCCUCCAUGGUAACGGUCGCAUCCAAGUCAUGAAGCGCUCAGAGUUUGAUGAGCGAUUCCCCCUCGACAAAUAUCCAGUUGGAAUGCCAAACCAGUUCGAUCCCAACUUCAUCACCUACACUGGCCCAGAACUUGCAAACUUGACCAGGAGUCCUUUGUCGAAACGGGACAUCUCGAUCGUUAUCCCUGGAAAGACGACCACGUUCACUGGCUGGGAUGUCCAAGUCAGCCAGGUCGUGAAAGGUGGAAUUGGCACAAAGAUCAGCGUAGCAGCUGGCUACAGUAUUAGUAACAGCGUUGCCGUUUCCGCCGGUGUCGAUAUUACACUUGUCAAAGACUUCCUCAGCACAUCGAUGAGUGUCAUCCGAACAUGGGAGACUACCAACAGUCUGACCCAGACCUUCUUCACCGAUGUGCCAGAGGGCAAGUACGGUGCCUGGGUCUUCCGACCUCUCACCACGCGCUUCACUGGUAGCGUCUGGAGUGGCAAAAUGGGAGAUACCGGCUCUGUGAAAACAUGGCAAGCGGACUCGUUCCAGUCCAAGAUGUACCAGGACAUGUCCUGGGUCGAUGGUUACUUUGCGGCAUGCUUCCAGGACAGCUUCCCUAUGCCCAGAUGCCAGGGAGAAGGAACCCUCUAAAUGCCGAGCCUAUGCUGAUACAUAGCUUGCAACACUCACAAAGGAAGACUGUCUGGAUCAAUGAGUUUUGUUCUACGAAAUACGGUAUGGGUCUAUGAAUGUAUAUAGUUUGUGGCAUCAAACGAGGUCAUCUUUAGGAUCAAUGGAGUUUACUAUUACAAC